AAUCUGUAUUUGAUGUUGUGUAAAUGUGAUUGAUAAGAUCCAUGUGAUUGUACAGAAUAACUAAUAUAAAAUGACUAUUAUAAAGAAAAAGAAACGUGUUUCUAAGAAAAAUAAAGCAGCAUGGCGUAAACAUUGCGAUAUAAAUGAUGUUGAAGAGUUCCUUGAAGACCAGAGAUUGGAAGAAAGACUUGGUAAAUUCGACGUAAAACCUGAUGAAGAGCUGUUUGUAUUAGAUACUCAAGGGAAUGAUGUAUCCGAAGAAAAGCCAGACAUAAAGCCUGAUAUAAAGCAUCUGUCUGCCAAGCAGAGGAAACGAGCGUUGUUGCCAGCAACACCUAAAUGUUUUGAAGUGCUCUUACCCACUUCUAAGGUACAAGACCCAAAUGCAAAAAGAAACCAUGUUAAACCAGUGGGCUCGAAACCAUCUGAUUUAUCGAAACUGACAAAGCAACGGCAACUAGUGAAAGGAGUUCUGGCAAAGAAAUUAGAACUUACAAAAGCAAAUAAGAAAUUAGCCGCAGAAAAAAGGAAAAAGUCUAAAUCAUUCAGAAAAACAUAUGACAAAAAUAUUUGGGGAGAGGAUUCACUUGAAGCAAAGGGUGUACCAGAGACACUUAUUGAUGAUUUUAUAUCAACGGAAGCACAGCUACACAAUGUCCCAACAACAAAGUGGCUAAGGGCAAAGCCUCCACCUCCAAAGACUGUGCUGAAGAGAAAGGCUGUGGAUGUUCCUCAUCCUGGAGUCAGCUAUAACCCUUCAUUCCAGGAGCACCAAGAACUCCUGCAAGAAGUGGUGCAGCAUGAACAAAAAAUGAUGAAACGGGAAGCUCACUUGCAUAGAGUGACCACUGGCUUAUUCAGUAAAGUCACUCUAAAGGAGAAAGAGAAUCAAUGGCGCGAAGAGAUGAGUGUUGGAUUACCUCAACCACACGAUCCAACAAAUGAUUCUGAACCAGAGGAGGCUGGUGACAAUGAGUACAAAGCCAUCAAUCCUCCUGUCAAGAAUAAGAAGAAGGACCACAAGGCUCGCCGGAAGCAGAAAGAGAGGAUUGCAGAGAGGGAGAGAUUGAAGCGGGAGAAGAUUGAUAAAAAGAAGAUUACAGAUAUUUAUAAGCUACGUAAGAUCCAAGCAUCUCUUAAGGAUAAGGAGAGCCGAGAUGCAGAAGAGCGUACCAAGCGCAUCACUAAACGUAAGGAGUUGGAGAAGACUGCGCUUCCCGCACUCAACGCGCGCAAGCCUCCGAUCAAGGAGCCGGAGUUUAUUGACCCCAAACAGCUGACCGGUGACUUGAGGAAUUUGCCAAUGACAUCUAAUCUUCUUAAAGACCGCUUCGAGUCUUUCCAACGACGCGGAACUCUCGCAGCCACCAAGAUUAUGAUGAAGAAGAAGAGGAAGCUGAAGAGCUACUUCAAAUCUGGGCACAAGGUCACUGACCAGGAUAUUGACAGAUACGUUAAAAGAUCUGCAGGGAAAAAGUGAUAUUUGAACCUUGUUCAUGGAAAUAAAGUUGAAUAUAUUUU